UUCUGAAUACACGGUGAUAAACCUGUCUAUCACCUUUCAUCAAUCUUCAUUGGAUCGACUGCAUAAAAGAGCGCAGUAGGGGCAAAAAAACUCAUGAACCCAGAAUCGUCACUCACUAACGAUUCCCGUGUUUUCAAUUGACCUCUCUCAUUCAUUAUUCCCUGCUAAGAUGAUUGAAGUGUACACCCAUAGCAACAUGUAGGCGCGGCAUUAGUUAAGCAAGAAAAGCUAUAAAAAUGCUGUCAACUGCUGUCGCUGCUCAGCUUCCAAGUUGCUGUUACUGCAUUCCUAGCCAUCUUAACGUCCAUCAUCAUGCCCAACAAAAGAGAAAACUCACAACUCUUUCACUUGCCAAUGCAGAUAGCCAAAUCUCCCUCAGAAACUUCUAUGGCCUAACUCUUCUCAAGACCCAUAAUUGCAGCAAAUGGCAAGAAGGCAAUAACAGAGCUAGAUACAAUUCGAAUUCAAAUCAGAACCACAAACACCUUUUCUUUUUGCAGUUCUUCCCCAUCACUGACUCAAAAGAAACCACUAAUCAAAAUCCAAAAACCAGAAACCAAGAUCAACAUCAAUUAGACGAACCAAGAGAAUUGAAGGAAAAGAAGGAAGACAGGGUACUUUUCUCAAACAUGUGGUGGGUAGAUGUGAAAGCAGCAUUUGGCCAAAGAAUCAACUUGGAGGGGAUUCUAUGUUCAACUAUGGUUAUCUUAAAAGACCCGAAAUUGGCACUGCCCCAUAUUUCUGUUCCCGAUAUAAGAUACAUUGAUUGGGGUGAGCUGCGUAAAAAGGGAUUUAAGGGUGUUGUCUUUGACAAGGAUAAUACUAUUACAGCACCUUACUCUUUGACACCCUGGCCUCCACUGGAGUCUUCAUUGGAAUGUUGUAAAUUGGAGUUUGGUCCUGAUCUUGCUGUAUUUAGUAACUCUGCUGGACUUUAUGAGUAUGACCAUGAUGGUUCAAAAGCUAGGAUGCUUGAGGGUGCAAUUGGAAUUAAAGUCAUCAGACACAGGGUGAAGAAGCCAGCUGGUACAGCUGAAGAAAUUGAAAAGCAUUUUGGUUGUGAAUCUUCACAAUUAAUCAUGGUAGGUGAUCGGCCCUUCACUGACGUUGUUUAUGGCAAUCGCAAUGGGUUUCUAACUAUUUUGACAGAGCCAUUGAGUCUUGCUGAGGAGCCAUUUAUUGUUCAGCAGGUGAGGAAGCUAGAGAAUUCAUUUGUAACUUAUUGGUCUAGAAGAGGGUUGAAGCCACUUGAUCACAAGUCAUUGCCAGAUCCCAUGCCGUGUGUCAAAGAGCCACGUCCUAGAUAGACUAAUCUCCUAAAAUAUUGCCCUUGUUUUUUUUAUGCAUACAUGUUAAUAUUUUAUUAAAUUUUUUAAAUUUCAUUUUACCAAACGGGAAAUUUAUUACUUCCACCUGCCUUCUAUUUGUGAAGUUCUCCCCAAAACUUAGUUUCGUAUACCCUCAAAAUGGGAGUAGAAAUAUUAGAAA